GUUAUCGCCGUGGCGUCCGUGUGCGCCAUUCGGUCGUCGUACUCGUCGCGGAGCCGUUGUCCGUUCUCUCGCCGUCCGUCGCCUCACCCCUCCCCGCUGGUCUUUGGCCCGCCGUGCCCGCUCAUUCGUCAGACGGUUCCCGCGCUAACCGAAUAAUAACCGAUACCUGUACGUGUCUUGGUUGUACGAACAACUACUCUCUCAGUGAUCGAGUGCGCGGAAAAUCUUUUUCCUUUACCGUUUACAGCCUCCGUUUCCGGUCGUCGCGACGAACGUUCUUCAGUUUCCUUCUGUUUCAUACUCACGGUCGCUACAAUGCAUAGAGGAGUCGCAGAUAACGAGUAUGAAAUUGAAUCCAUUUUAUUUGAUGAUACAUAUGGAAGCAAAACAAUGUAUCUCGUUAAAUGGAAAAAUUAUCCUAUGGAUCAGUGCACUUGGGAACCAUAUCGAAAUUUAACAAAUUGUGCUGCUGCAUUAAAUGAAUACAAAUCAAAUAAGAUAGUUGCUGCUGACAUCUAUAAAACUCCGCGUUUUAAAGAGCUCUAUGAUACGCUUAAUGUGUUUACUGAUCAAGAAUUACUUGAAUUAUUGCAUCAUGUGAUCCAGGACGGCAUGCCAUCUGUAGAUGAUAAAUUUGUUAAGGGUACUAUUGCUUAUUUAUCAACAGUAUCGGCAAGUACCAGAAGUGCAUCAUUAACUAAAUUGAUUAGACAUAAUUUAAUGAUAAUUGAAGUUAACAGAAAAAGGCGAAAACAACUUGAUAGAUUGCUUAAAUGGCAAAAUGAGAUGCUUGCAACUUGUGGAUUUAACCUUAGUGUUGUAAACAAUGUAGACUUUGAAGGCCCACCCAAACGAUUUUAUUAUGUAGAUAAAUGUGUUGCAGGUGAAGGAGUUAUUAUUCCAGAUGAUCCUCCAGUUUGGUGCCACUGUGAUGUUACCUGUGGAGGAAAAAAACGUAAGAAAACUGAAUGUCAUUUUGGCGAUUUUCAACUUGCAUAUAAUAAAUUCAAGCGUGUUAUAGUUCCUAAAGGCACUCCUAUUUAUGAGUGUAAUAGAAAAUGUUCUUGUGACGAAACAUGUAUAAAUCGAGUGGUUCAACAUGGUACUAACAAAAAUUUCAAACUUCAAAUAUUCCGUACAGAUAACAAUCGCGGUUGGGGAGUCAAAACAUUAAUAAAUAUAAAGCAGGGAACUUAUAUUACUAAAUAUACUGGUGAAGUAAUCACCAAAUCAGAAGCUGAAAAACGCGCCAUCACUCAUGGAUCAAAGUCAACAUACUUGUUUGAUCUUGACUACAAUACUGAUAAAAAUGAUAGCGUUUAUUCUGUUGAUGCCACUUUAUUUGGUAAUAUAUCACAUUUUAUAAAUCAUUCAUGUGAUUCUAAUUUGGACUUAUUUGCUGUAUGGAUUGAUUGUUUGGAUACUAAUAUUCCAACUCUGGCAUUAUUCGCUUCUAGAGAUAUUACUGCAGGUGAAGAGAUUACUUUCAAUUAUAUGACUUCUGUCAAUAAUGAAAGUCGAAGAAUUAAAUGUAAAUGUCAAUCUAGUAACUGCCGUGGUUACUUGUGUUAGUAUAAAUAAUCUUAUUUCCUUACUGACACAACAUUUUUAUUGACUAUUUAAUACUUUUUUUUAAUAUUAUUUUUUCUCCACUAGCAUUACUUAUUAUGAAAAAGUAUAGUUUUGAAUCAAUUUAGUUCAGUAUUUGGUUUGACGUGAAAGGGUAAUUUAUAUAUGUAUAUAAUGUAAAUUUUACUGGUACAAAAUUAAAGACAAAAUUUAAUGUCUUGUAAUACACAAUAAAUAUUUUUUUCAUUCAUAUCAGAAAUAAGUUUAUUUUAUUUGCAUUUUUGAAAUUAUUAGAUUAUUAUUUUCCGUUAUUUUUUUUUUUCACUAGUAAAUAUUUAUUUUUAAUAAAUGAAUUCAAUAAAACAAUUGAUAAGAUUUUCUAUAGGGGUCCUUAAUAAAUGUGACUAAAUAUUCUACAAAAUGUACUGAUUAUACUCAAAUAUUUAUAAAUAUUGAUACAUUCAGCUAAUCGUACAAGUAUAAAUUAUUUAAAAGUAUUAAAUGUAUUGCUUUUAUGUAUGUUUUGUUUUUAGUUAUUAAUUUUUUUAAAUUAUUCAAAUAUAAUCUAGUAUUAAAAUAUUAAUACCAAAAUAUAUUAAUUUGGUAUUACAAUACAAUAAUAAAAUAGAAUAUUUUGUUGCAAAUUAAUUUAUUAAUCAAUUAGAAUUGAUCUUUAAAGUUGUUAAUUACCAUUUUUUUUUUGCUUUAGAAUAAGUUAGUUUCAAUGUAAAUUUUUUUUUUAUUUAUAUUUUAACAGUCAAUUUUUUUUUUUUUUUUGAAUUAUUCAUUCCAUUAUGAAUUUAUUCUCAUUAGUACAUUUAAAUUAAAAAUGUACUUUCAGAAUGUUCAUUUGACUAAAAUAUAUUUAUGUUUUGUAUAGUACAGUUAUGAUUUUUUUUCUUUUUUUUUUUUUAAUAAUGAAAAACCUUGGUGAUAUUUAAAUUAUCUAAUAUAUUAACAAAUGUAGUAUUUAUAUUUGUGUAUGUUUUCUUUUGUUUUGUAUUCUUAGACUUAAAAUAAUCAUUAUUGUUGGAUAAAAUUGAACUCUCAAAUUUUUUAUUUUAAGUUCAAUUAUGUGGGAAGUUUCAAUGUUUCUUUUGACAAAAAAAGUUUGACAGUUCAUUUUGUGUAAUAAUUUUAUUUUUUAUGAGUAAAAGUCAUGUUAAAUUGUAAUUUAUUAAAAGACUGAGUGUAAUUUAUAUUCAGUUGUUUUUAAGAAUUGAAUAUUAAAAUUAAACAGAAAACAUUUUACUUGGUUUUUUUACCACAAUUUGAAUGUAUCUGAUGAAUUAAAUGUGUAUAAUAUACCAUUUAUUACAUACUAAUAAAAUACACUGCAUAUCGAUGUAAGAAGUACUAAAUAUUUGAUUGUAGUCAACCGUAAAGUUAAAGAUAAUUUUAAUAUUAUAAUUUAUAAGUGAUAGAUUAGACUGUAAAAUAACUGAAUUGUAUGUUUACUAAUUUUUAUGUUUUUUUUUCGAAGACUCAUUUAAUUAAUAUGAAUAAAGUAUACCUUAAGCUUACA